CAGCGGCACGGCCCCAGGCCAAGUUAACGUUGUUUGUCGUCUGCUCUUUCUGUUCCUAAAUACCAUCCUUUAAUUUUCGGUGUGUCUAAUGUUGAUAAAUUUCGUCUCGUGGAAGGACAGAUCUGAUUGAGAGUGAAGAUACACUCUCGUGCCUUAUUUUGUUAAAUUUCUCAAAUGCACUUAGUGAAAUUCAGUUUAUUCCUGAUGUUCUGAGUAGGUUGGGAUGCCGUGGACGGUCCGACUAGAAGGCGGUCCUCGCAGAGUUAAUCAUGCAGCAGUGGCUGUCAAUGAAAAAAUUUUCUCAUUUGGGGGUUAUUGCACGGGUGAGGAUUACAAACUGAAAAGACCUAUGGAUGUUCAUGUUUUGAACACUGUUAAUUAUAGGUGGAAUGCAGCAAAAAACCCAGACCGUAACAGUCCUCAGUAUAAUCUAGUACCAUAUCAGCGUUAUGGCCAUACUGCUGUUGUGCACAAUGAUUUGGUAUUUAUUUGGGGUGGACGGAAUGAUGAAGCUGCUUGCAAUGUAUUAUUCUGUUUUGAUACAACUAAUCUCAUGUGGUCACAACCGAAAGUGUGCGGUGAAGUCCCUAGAGCAAGGGAUGGGCAUUCCGCUUGCAUCAUUAACAAUUGCAUGUAUGUUUUCGGUGGCUAUGAAGAAGAUACCGACCGCUUUUCUCAAGAUGUGCACGUGUUAGAUCUGAAAACCAUGGAAUGGAGAUACUUGAAGACCAAAGGAGAACCACCCAGUUAUCGCGACUUCCAUUCAGGCACCCCCAUAGGCGACUACAUGUAUAUCUUUGGGGGUCGUGGAAAUCAGUUGGGACCGCAUCAUUCUAUGGAUGAAGUUUACUGUGAUCAAAUUGUGUUUCUGGAUACUCGAGCGCAGACAUGGCAUCGACCGGAUGUAACAGGAUUUCGUCCUGUUGGCAGAAGAAGUCAUUCAGCGUUUACCUAUAAGGGUAAUCUUUUUAUUUUCGGUGGAUUCAACGGCAUUUUGAAAAUGCAUUACAACGACCUGUUGAGAUACGAUCCAGAAAAUUGUCGCUGGUGUGUCGUGAGACCAAGAGGUCACGGCCCAUGUGCAAGACGGCGGCAAUCAUGUUGCGUCAUCGGUGAUCGAGUCUUCCUGUUUGGUGGAACAAGUCCGCACCCAGAUCUGAACCUGAAUUUGACAGCAAACCAGCAGCGUGAGAAUUACCCUGGAUUGGAACCAAUCGAAUCUCCCUUAAUGGAUCACAAUGAUUUAUUUGUUCUAGAUUUUGCGCCUUCCUUAAAGACAAUGGCCAUCACGAACGUUAUAGAGCACAAACUCAACGUCGAAGCCUUACCAGAAUCCAUCAGGUUCGAAAUUAGAGCAAUGACUUUCCCUAAUAAUGUGACGAAGCCUUUAAAUAAUGCAGGGUAGUUUUAACUGUGUUGUAUUAAACCAUUUCUUUUACCUUCUUA